GCAGUUGUUUAUUUUCACAAAGGGACAAUGCUCAAAUCUGUGGGACUAAGCUUUUUGGUGCUGCUCUCAGCAGUCGGUGCAGCAACAAUGGAGAGAGUGGAGUAUGACUACUACAAAUACCAUCCCAUGUCAGAGAUCUCCACAUGGAUGGUUCAGAUUGAAAAGGAUUACUCUGAUGUUGUAACCAUACUGGAUUAUGGACAUACUUAUGAGAGCAGGACUAUUAGCUUGCUUAAGAUUGGUCUGAAUACUGGAGCGAAAAAGAAAGCUAUCUGGAUGGACUGUGGUAUACACGCCAGGGAAUGGAUCGCCCCAGCCUUCUGUCAGUACUUUGUCAGACAGAUUCUGCAGACGUACAAAACAGACCCAAAAAUGGAAGAGAUGAUGAAGAACAUGGACUUCUACGUCACGCCAGUGCUCAACAUGGACGGCUACAUCUACACCUGGGAGAACACCACAACUCGACUGUGGAGGAAGAACAGAUCACCAGGACCUUCAAACUGCAGCUGUUAUGGCACUGAUCUCAACCGCAACUUUGAUGCCAAUUGGGGCACAAUUGGGGUAUCUUCUGACUGCUGCUCAGAGAUCUACUGUGGGACCAAACCUGUGUCGGAGCCUGAGGCCCAGGCUGUAACGGAUUUUUUAGGAAGCCGGAAGGACGACUUCCUGUGUUUCCUCACCAUCCACUCCUACGGCCAGCUGCUCCUACUUCCCUAUGGACACCCCAACUUCACCACCCCUAACUACAAUGAGCUGAUGGAGGUGGGUUUGGCUGCAGCAGACGCCAUUAGGGGGGUCCACGGGACGAUCUACACUGUAGGGACCUCGCCAGAUGUGUUAUACCCCAACUCUGGUUCAUCCAGAGACUGGGCUCGGCAGCAGGGGAUCCCCUUCACCUACACCUUUGAGCUGAGAGAUGAAGGGGAAUUCGGCUUCAAGCUCCCAGAGGAUCAGAUCCAGCCGACCUGUGAGGAAGCCUACAGAGGAGCCCUGCACAUCAUCACCUAUGCUCACGACAAGACAUUUAAUAGUGCCGUGGCCGCCGCUGCCGCAACCCUGUGGACCAUGCUGUUAGCAGUGGGUGUCACCGGCGCCACCCUGAUGUGA